UAAAAUAUGCGCGCAACCAUUGCAAUAUUGUGUGUUUUUCUUGGUUGUUGCAGUAAUGUUGUUUUCUUGGAACUUCUUGUUAAAGAUGAUCCAGGUAGUGGAAAUCUUAUUACAUUUUCACAGUUCCUUUUUAUAUCUAUAGAAGGGUUUUUAUUCACUUCAAAAUGUGGAACAAUAAAGCCCAAUAUAGGAAUAAAAGAUUAUUUUAUAUUAGUCACAAUGUUUUUUGUUGCAAAUGUUUGCAAUAAUUAUGCAUUUGAUUUUAAUAUACCUAUGCCGUUACAUAUGAUAUUCAGAGCUGGUUCUCUGAUAGCUAAUAUGAUUAUGGGUAUUAUUAUUUUAAAAAAAAAAUAUAUCUUUAGUAAAUAUUUAUCUGUAUUUAUGAUAACUCUUGGAAUUGCAAUUUGUACUAUUGUUAGUGGCAAAGAAAUUAAAUCUUUACAACCUAAAAAUAUUGAGCAAAUACCAACUACACCAUGGGAUGAUUUUUUCUGGUGGAUAUUAGGAAUAUCAUUAUUAACUAUUGCAUUAUUUGUAUCUGCAAGAAUGGGAAUUUAUCAAGAAGUAUUACAUAAAAAAUAUGGAAAAAAUGCGAGAGAAGCAUUAUAUUACACACAUUUAUUACCUUUACCAUUUUUUUUAACAUUAACUUCUAAUAUUUGGGAUCAUCUUAUAUAUGCCUUAGCAUCAGAUCCAAUAAAAAUAUCAAUUAUUAAUAUUCAAGUGCCAAAAUUAAUUGUAUAUCUUAUAGGAAAUAUUUUGACACAAUAUAUGUGUAUAAGUUCCGUUUUUGUAUUAACAACGGAAUGUACAUCUCUUACAGUAACAUUAGUAAUAACACUACGGAAAUUUUUAUCUUUACUUUUUUCUAUAAUAUAUUUCAAAAAUCCAUUUACAAUUUAUCAUUGGAUUGGUACAAUCUUAGUCUUUACAGGAACAGUAAUAUUUACAGAAGUAUUACCAAAAAUUGCAGAAAGUUUACAAUUUACAGAGAAGACUAAGAAAGUUCAAUAAUAAAUAAUAUUAUUAAUUAUAUAAACAAAAAUGUUAUAUGUUAUAUAAUAUAAUUGAGGAAAACAAGAUAAACAUAUCAAUUAAUACAAUAAUAAAAAAAAAUUACUUUUUUCUCUUUAUUUAAACAAUCUAUAAGUUGUCUAUAAAGCUUUAUGAUCUCAUAUAAAA